AUGCCUUUAGUGAAGAGGAACAUCGAACCCCGGCACCUGUGCCGGGGCGCCCUGCCCGAAGGGAUUACCAGUGAACUUGAAUGUGUAACCAAUAGUACCCUUGCUGCUAUCAUACGCCAGCUAAGCAGUCUAAGCAAACAUGCUGAAGACAUAUUUGGUGAGUUGUUUAAUGAGGCUAACAACUUUUACAUCAGAGCAAAUUCUCUUCAAGACAGAAUUGAUCGCCUUGCUGUCAAAGUUACCCAGCUGGAUUCAACAGUGGAAGAGGUGUCACUGCAGGAUAUCAACAUGAAAAAAGCUUUCAAAAGUUCCACAGUCCAAGACCAGCAGGUGGUUUCAAAGAACAGCAUUCCUAACCCUGUAGCUGACAUCUACAACCAGAGUGAUAAACCACCUCCUCUGAACAUUCUGACACCAUACAGAGAUGAUAAAAAGGAUGGGCUGAAGUUCUAUACUGAUCCUUCCUAUUUCUUUGACCUCUGGAAAGAAAAAAUGCUACAGGACACAGAAGACAAAAGGAAAGAGAAAAGGCGUCAAAAGGAGCAAAAGCGUAUAGAUGGCACAACCCGUGAGGUGAAAAAGGUUAGAAAAGCCAGAAACAGGCGCCAGGAGUGGAAUAUGAUGGCGUAUGACAAAGAGCUCAGACCCGACAACAGGUUGUCUCAGAGUGUGUACCACGGAGCAUCUUCCGAGGGAUCCCUGUCCCCAGAUACUAGGUCUCACGCAUCGGAUGUCACAGAUUACUCUUAUCCAGCCACUCCCAACCAUUCUCUGCACCCGCAGCCCAUCACCCCUUCACACGCAGCAGGUGACACGCUGCCACAGGGGCCAGCCAGCCAGGCCCCCGAGCAUGAGUACCGACCCCCCUCUGCUUCGGUGAGACACAUGGCCCUGAACAGGCCUCAGCAGCCACCCCCGCCACCCCCACCGCAGGCCGCAGAGGGGUCCCAGGCCUCGGCACCCAUGGCUCCAGCAGACUAUGGGAUGCUCCCAGCCCAGAUCAUUGAGUAUUACAACCCCUCGGGACCACCUCCACCCCCGCCACCCCCCAUGAUCCCUUCAGCACAAACUGCUUUCGUCAGUCCUCUCCAGAUUCCCAUGCAGCCCUCCUUCCCAGCAGCAGCCGGGUCCUCCUACCCAGCGCCUCCUCACCCACCCUCCACUGGGCUGGUGGUCACAGCCCCGCCUCCUCCGGGCCCCCCACCUCCCCCACCAGGCCCUCCUGGCGCAAGCUCUUCUCUCUCAUCCUCCCCCAUGCAUGGCCCUCCAGUAGCUGAGGCAAAACGACAAGAAACUGCACAACCACCCAUAAGCGAUGCUCGCAGUGAUCUUCUUGCCGCUAUUCGAAUGGGAAUUCAGCUGAAAAAAGUACAGGAGCAGCGUGAGCAAGAAGCCAAGCGCGAGCCUGUUGGGAAUGACGUGGCCACGAUCCUGUCCAGACGCAUUGCCGUGGAGUACAGCGACUCUGACGACGACUCGGAGCUGGAUGAAAAUGACUGGUCUGACUGA